AUGAACACGACUUCUGAAGUUCCUGGUUCAGCGCAUUCACCAUCGUAUGUUUUGCUGGUGUUUUCCCAGGCUCUAGCUGUUCUCAUCAUCGCAGGAAACUCUCUCGUGAUAGUAGCGUACAGACGCAAUGCUUUCCUUCACACACGCACUAAUAUCUUUAUUGUGAGCCUGGCUGUUUCAGAUUUACUGGUCGGAGCAGUUUCCGUGCCGAUAUGGACUUACUUCACGUUUGUUAAUUUCCAGAAUAUUCUGACAAUUUUUCUGAGGAUUUACUUAUGUUUUGAUAUAUUCAGUGCCUUGGCCUCCAUCUUUCAUUUUACGGCGAUCGCUAUCGAACGUUGCUAUGUGAUUUCAAAGCCGUUUAACUAUGGCACGUUAACGAACCGUGUGUACAAAAUCUUGAUAUUUACAGCAUGGCUGAUGGCAGCGAUAAUAGCAGCACUCUCGCAAAUGAAUACAUCGAUAACGCUUAAAAGGGUAUAUACGGUCUUCGUUUUUACGGUCGGCUUCGUGUUACCAAGUAUUUUGAUACUGACAAUGUACACGAAGAUCUUCCGAACCGCCAGGUCGCUGAUUCGUAAAACCCCGGGCUUGGAAACAGCACAAGCAGUUCUGUGCAAGGCUCGUGAAGAGCGAAAAGUUCUUUUGACGGUCAGCAUUUUAACAGGUUUGUUCCUAAUGGCAUGGUUACCAUUCUUUGUAAUUUCAAUGUUGGCUGAGUUCUGUGUUGGCUGUUUGCCGAAUGGGAACGGUAUGACUGCGUUAGUGAUUUUCGUAAAAUGGAUGCAUUAUUCAAACAGUGUGGUAAAUCCACUGGUUAUUGUAAUCCGACACAGUGAAAUGCGGAAAUGUGUUCUUCAGCUAUGUGGAAUCAGUUUAAGGAGAGAACGAAAGCAGAAAACUUCCUCGUCCAACAAAAUACCUAAGGCGCUGCUCUGA